GUAAUUUUUGGACUUGGACUCUGUGUCAUUCGGCAAAAGACAGUUGUAAAAAUGAGUGCACAACUUUUAAGUAGUCGCUUAGCAGUAGUAACAGGUGCGGGUAGUGGAAUUGGAUGGGCCGUUGGACAAAUAUUCGCAAAGCAGGGCGCGUCAAUUGCUGCUGUCGAUGUCAACGAGUCAGCUGCAAAGGAGCAUAUCUCGAAAUUGGGUGGAGGUGAACAUGGAGCAUUUCAAGCUGAUAUUUCAAAGAGCGACCAAGUUAAUGACCUAUUCAAAAAAAUAUUUGAAAAAUUUGGUAGAGCUCCCACAAUCCUCAUAAAUUCGGCAGGAAUUACUAGAGAUGUAACAUUGCUAAAAAUGAAUGAAGAACAAUUAGACGCCGUAUUAAAUGUUAAUCUAAAAGGAACGAUUCUUACUACACAAGUUUUCGGUAAACUUUUUGUAGCAAACAAACUAAAAGAUGGCGCGAUCGUCAAUUUAGCAAGCUUAGCCGGUAAAAUGGGAAAUAUAGGGCAGUGUAACUAUUCAGCUUCCAAAGCUGGAGUUCAGGGAUUUACUCGCUCUGCUGCUCAAGAAUUCGCAAGAUUUGGUUUAAGAGUAAACGCAAUCUUGCCUGGAUUUAUAGAAACUCCAAUGACUGAUGUUGUUCCAGAACAGAAUAAGCAAAUAUUCACUGCCAUGACACCUUUGAAACGAUUGGGUCAGCCAGAAGAAAUUGCAAAUGUUGCACUCUUCCUUUCGUCCCAUAUGUCUAGUUAUAUGACUGGAGUGAGUAUAGACGUUAAUGGCGGACUCAGUAUGUAG